AUGAAUUUUCACCCAAUCUUGAGUUUUUCAGAAGAAGACAAGAUCGGAACCAUCCAGCCCCACGACGAUGUGCUGUUGAUCACUCUCAGAAUCGGGGACUACGAUGUGAAAAGAGUGAUGGUGGAUGGUGGCAGUGGGGCCGAGGUUAUGUACCUCGACCUCUACAAGGGGCUGAGGUUGAAACCGGAAGAUUUGAUGCCCUAUAACUCUCCUUUGAUGAGCUUCGGCGGGAAGCUUGUCAUUCCAAAGGGCAUGAUUAGGCUACCCAUCCAGACCGGCCCAGAGAUAAUGGAGGUGAACUUUAUCGUGGCGGACACCUACUCUUCCUAUACAACCAUCGUCGGUAGGCCUUGGCUCCAUACCUUAGGGGUUGUUGCCUCCUCAUUGCAUCAGAAGGUGAAAUUGCCAUCAGGGGACCAGGUUCUCGAAAUCCAUGCUACUGAGGAGGCGAAAUGCGAAGAUCUAGAGGAGGUGGUCAUUGGUGGUGACCCGGAGAAGUUCUUUCGGGUAGGGGCUCAGCUGCCUCUUCAAGAGAAGGAGGAGUUGAUUGAGUUUCUCAAAAAAAAUAUUGACGUGUUUGCAUGGGAUGCCUACGAUGCCCCCGGGAUUAAUCUAGCCUUCAUCUGUCACCAUCUCAAUGUCAACCCGUCUAUCACUCCCAAGAAGCAGCCACCCCGUCGCCCAUCAAGAGAGCACGCCGAUGCGAUUAGGGACGAAGUGAUGAAGCUUAAGCGUGCAGGGGCUAUUAAAGAGGUUUUUUACCCCGAAUGGUUGGCUAACAACGUGGUGGUCAAGAAGAAAAGUGAAAAAUGGCGAGUUUGUGUAGACUUCACGGACCUAAAUAAAGCAUGCCCAAAAGACCCGUUCCUCAUGCCUCGGAUAGACCAGCUGGUGGAUGCAACAACAGGCCAUCCUCGGAUGAGCUUCUUAGAUGUCUUUCAAGACUAUCAUCAAAUACCACUGGCCUUGGAGGAUUAG